CCAAUGUGGACAGUUCUGUGAGACCUCGUCACAUUUUCAUUCCUGUGACUUCAAGAUAUCUAGAUUUAUCCAACUAGGACUGCUGGUGUCUCCUGUUUACUUUGGAUAAAAUCUGCAUGGAAGAAGUACUGUAGAACUGAAAUCAUGUUAGAACAGGGCUGGGCUUAAAGGGGCUAAACUAUGUAAGUAUUACUCUGGUAAUAAAUUAUUGUGCAACAAAUCUGAACAAGCUUACAGGAACCAGUAAGUAACAGUUUCUAGAAGGAAGAAGAGGCCAAAAAAAUGGGGCCCAGAAGAAAAGCGCUGCUUAGUGUAAUCAUUUUCACAGCUGUCUGCUACAAGGUGACUGCACAGGAUGCAAGACUACUGGAUGCUCUAAAUCCCACAGAUGUUGUAGAUGACCAGUACAAUGGAUGCCGUAAAGAGGCCGUGAAAAAGUUCAUCCAGUCAGACCUGUUAAAACAAGAACUAAAUCACAGUGAAGGAUUUCAGAAAGCGUGGAACAGAAGUAACGAGUGUUUGAAGCAGAUCCCUGGAGGGCGUAAAGAGCAUACUGCUGCACUUUCAAUCUAUGCUCAUGGGGAUCAUGAUUUCAUAAAAACACUGAACAAAGCAAUAGAGACGAUGGGUGGAAAUGUUAGCAUCUAUGAAAACCACUUCCACUUCAAGUCUCUUCAUUUCCUGCUGAUGGAUUCCAUGAAGCUGCUGAAGCCGAAGGAGUGCAAGACUUUCUAUGUUUUUCAAGAUGGUCAAAGCCAACCACGGUCAAAGAAAGGCUCCACAGUGAGAUUUACAAGUUUCACCUCAGCUUAUUCAAACUUUGAAGAGAUAAAGAGAUUUGAAGAUCUCGCUGACAACAUCGUUUUAAAUCUCACUUCUUGCUUCUUUGUCAACCUGAAAGACUAUGUGUGCGAUCAAACCCAGGAUACAAUACUUUUAUCUCCAGCAGAAGUUUUCACCGUGGAGGGAGUAGAAACAAAAACUGUGUAUAAUGAGGAAUAUGUUGAGAUUGUUUUGAAACAAUCAAAACUGAAAAGCUUCCACAACUGUUACAUCGUUUCACGGUCUCCUCCAGCUGUUGUCUCCACCCUGUGGCUUGUGUCACUGCUUGUAGCUUAUCUUCUUUUUCUUUAGCUGUUUAACAAAAACAGCUUUCAGAGUUUUCUGAGUGUCUACAACAUGGCUUUGUUUAUUCAUACAAUUGUUUGGCACUUUAUCUGGCAGACUGUGGUAUCUGAAAAUGAAGGUGCUGUAGUAGGCUGCCAAAAUAUAGUCAAAUAUAUACCGAUCAAGCAUAAUGUAAUGAACAAAACAGCCCUGACCCACUGGAUUAUGGACUACAUUAUACAUUACAUUAGACCCCUGAAGGUGUGAGGUGGUAUCUGCACCAAGAUGUCAGCAACAGAUCUUUUAUGUCCUGUAAUUUGUGAGGUGGGGCCUCCAUGGAUCAGACUUGUUUUUCCAGCACAUCCCACAGAUGCUCAGUUGAAUUGAGAUCCGGGGAAUUUGGAGGCCAACUCAUCACCUCAAACUCGUGGUGCUCCUCAGCCCAUUCCUGAACUAUAUUUGCUUAGUGUAAUGGUGCAUUAUCCUGCUGAAAGAUGCCCCUCAGCCAUCUGGGGAAUACCAUUUCCAUGAAAGGGUGUACAUGGUCUGCAGUAAUGCUUAAGCGGGUGAUACAUGUAAAAGGAACAUCCAAGGUUUCCCAGCAGAACAUUGCCCAAAGCAUCACACUGCCUGUGCUGGCUUGUCUUGCCUGUUGCCAGGUGUUUCCAGGUAAGUGACGCACAUGCAUCGAACCUUCCAUGUGAUGUAAAAGAAAGCAUUAUUAAUCAGACCAGGCCGCCUUCUUCCAUUGCUCCGUGGUCCAUAUGUGCCCACUGUUGGGCUUACAGCAGUGGAUGGGGUCAGUAUGGGCACCAUGCGCGUGAUUUGCGGGAA